AUGAUAUCUUCAGCUUACGAUACUAUCAACAUGUCUACUCAAGCAGCUACAAGGUUACAAAAUCCUCGUAAUAAUAAUAGUAAUUUUACUGGAACUAAUAUUAAUGCAACAAAUGGUAAUCCAAAUAAUAUGAAUAAUCAAAUUCAAAGAACUGAUAACACAACUAACAAUGGAGAUUCGACCAUUGUUGGCUUGCACUAUAAGAUCGGUAAGAAAAUCGGUGAAGGUUCCUUUGGUGUACUAUUUGAAGGUAUCAAUAUGAUUAAUGGAUUACCUGUAGCUAUCAAAUUCGAACCAAGAAAGACAGAAGCUCCUCAAUUGAAAGAUGAAUAUAGAACUUAUAAGAUCGUCGCAGGUACACCAAACAUACCUCAUGCCUAUUAUUUUGGUCAAGAAGGUCUACACAACAUUUUAGUCAUUGAUCUCUUGGGUCCUUCAUUAGAAGAUUUAUUUGAUUGGUGUAGUAGAAAAUUCUCGGUAAAGACAGUAGUUCAAAUAGCUGUUCAAAUGAUUACUUUGAUUGAGGAUCUCCAUGCUCAUGAUUUGAUCUAUAGAGAUAUUAAACCAGAUAAUUUCUUAAUUGGUAGACCAGGUGCACCCGAUGAAAAUAACAUUCAUUUGAUUGAUUUUGGGAUGGCAAAACAAUAUAGAGACCCAAAGACUAAACAACAUAUCCCAUAUCGUGAGAAGAAAUCAUUGAGUGGAACUGCUAGAUAUAUGUCUAUUAAUACACAUCUUGGUAGAGAACAAUCAAGGAGAGACGAUAUGGAAUCUCUAGGUCAUGUAUUUUUCUAUUUCUUACGUGGUCAAUUACCAUGGCAAGGGCUAAAAGCACCAAACAAUAAACAGAAAUAUGAAAAGAUUGGUGAAAAGAAAAGAUCUACUAAUGUUUAUGAUUUGGCUCAAGGUUUCCCAAUUCAAUUCGGUCGUUAUUUGGAAAUAGUCAGAAAUUUAUCAUUCGAUGAAACUCCUGAUUAUGAAGGGUAUCGUAAAUUGUUAUUAUCAUCCCUAGAUGAUUUGAAUCAAAAGGCUGAUGGUGAAUAUGAUUGGAUGAAGUUGAAUGGUGGUCAUGGUUGGGAUGCCAAUAUUAAUAAAAAACCAAAUUUACAUGGUUAUGGACACCCGAACCCUCCAAAUGGAAAAUCAAGAAGACAUAGAGAUCAUCAAAAGACUCCAUUACAGCAAUUAUCACAACAGCAGCAACAGCAGCAACAGCAGCAGCAACAGCAGCAGCAACAGCAGCAGCAGCAGCAGCAGCAAUUAUUGCAACAGCAACGUCAACAACAAUUGCAACAACAACAACAACAACAAUUGCAGCAGCAGCAACAACAACAUUCUCAAAUGCCAGCACAACAGCAAUAUGAAACUGAGAAGAGCAAACUGGACCCAACUUCUUUCGAAGCCUACAAACAACAAACUCAACAAAGAUACACACAACAACAACAAAAGUUGAAACAACAACAAUUGAAUAAACAACGCGAGCAACAAUACACUGCUCAACAACAACAAAACAUGAAUUACCAACAACAGCAUAUGCAAGCUAACCAACCAGUUAGUCAACAAGAAGAUAAUGAUAGCCUGGAAAAGAAAGGUUUCUUCGCACAAUUGGGCUGUUGUUAA